AUUGUCAAGUGUGCACCCAAUACGGCCAGGGAUCAGAGCAGUGUCCGCAGAUAAAAGCAAAAAACCAAAAUAAUAAUAAUAAUAAAAAGCGCAGGCAAUUCGUACACGAGUCGCGGUCCCAAUCGAUCUUCCCCAAAAAACCGAGAUCAGCCACAGUGUAGGUGGUGCCAACAAAAUGCUGGCCAGCGAAACUUUUCCCACAACACAUCACUUCAAGAAUUCUAUAUAUAAGCCCUACAAUGAGGGCAGCAGUGCGCCGGACGUUGAGGAUUUGGCAAGCAUGGCCAAAACAUUGACAACAACCACGUUGUCAUCGAGUGAUGCAGCUGUGAUCGAUGUGGCCAAGACGACAGUUGAAUACGGCAAUCCAAACAAAAUGAUGAACAGUUUCGUUAGCUCCUCAUCCUCCUCCUCCAACUGCAAUACCAAUGGCAACGUCAAUGGGCUGGCCAGCUUUGUGGCGAGUCAUCCUGCGGCUGAAUUUGAGGGUUUCAUACGCGCCUGCGUGGAUGAGAUUAUAAAGCUGGCCGUCUUUCAGGGCACCAAUCGAUCCUCCAAGGUGGUCGAGUGGCAUGAGCCCGCCGAGCUGCGCAAGCUCUUCGACUUUGAGCUGCGCGAGAAGGGCGAGUCGCCGGAUAAGCUGCGCCAGCUGCUCCGUGAAACAAUACGCUUCUCCGUGAAGACGGGCCAUCCGUAUUUCAUCAAUCAACUGUAUUCGGGCGUGGAUCCCUAUGCGCUGGUGGGUCAGUGGCUAACCGAUGCACUAAAUCCCAGUGUUUAUACCUAUGAGGUGGCGCCCGUUUUUACGCUCAUGGAGGAACAGGUGCUCGGCGAGAUGCGACGCAUUGUUGGCUUUCCAAACAAUGGCCACGGCGAUGGCAUCUUCUGUCCAGGCGGCUCGAUAGCCAACGGUUAUGCAAUCAGCUGUGCACGCUACAAAUAUGCGCCCGAGUCCAAGAAAAAUGGCCUGUUUAAUGCCAAGCCCUUGAUUAUAUUCACGUCGGAGGAUGCACAUUACUCCGUAGAAAAGCUGGCCAUGUUUAUGGGCUUUGGCAGCGAGCAUGUGCGCAAGAUAGCUACCAAUGAGCUGGGCAAGAUGCGUCUCAGUGAUUUGGAGGAUCAGAUUCAGCUGUGCUUGGACAACAAUUGGCAGCCACUGAUGGUAUCCGCAACAGCGGGCACCACUGUGCUGGGUGCCUUCGAUGAUUUGGUGGGCAUUUCAGAGCUGUGCCGCAAACACAAUAUGUGGAUGCAUGUGGAUGCUGCCUGGGGCGGCGGUGCGCUCAUGUCCAAGAAGUAUCGUCAGCUGCUCAAUGGAAUCGAACGCGCCGAUUCGGUUACAUGGAAUCCACACAAGCUGUUGUCCGCCUCGCAACAGUGCUCGACUUUUCUGACGCCCCAUGCCCAAAUCCUGGGCCAGUGCCACUCGACAAAUGCCGCGUAUCUGUUCCAGAAGGAUAAGUUCUAUGACACCUCCUUUGACACUGGGGACAAGCACAUUCAGUGCGGCCGUCGUGCAGAUGUGUUCAAGUUCUGGUUCAUGUGGAAGGCCAAGGGCAGCCAGGGCUUUGAGGCGCAUGUGGAGCAAGUCUUUGAAAUGUCCGAGUACUUUACGGCCAAGCUGCGUGAGCGUCCAGGCUUCGAGCUAGUCCUUGAGAGACCGGAGUGCACCAACAUAACAUUCUGGUAUGUGCCGCCCAGUCUGCGUCAAAUGGAACGCAAUCAGGAGUUCUUUGAUAAACUACACAAGGUGGCACCCAAAAUUAAGGAGGCCAUGAUCAAGAAGGGCUCCAUGAUGAUCACAUAUCAGCCGCUGCGCAAGCUACCAAACUUUUUCCGACUCGUGCUGCAGAACUCCUGUCUCGAAGAGUCCGAUAUGCUCUAUUUUCUGAACGAGAUCGAAAACCUGGGCCAGAAUUUGUAGGGGCUGCCGAGAUUAUGUACUAUGAACAUUCUUCUUAGGCAUAUGAUGUACAUACUUAUAUAUGGUAUUAUAACUGGUAUUAACUCGCGAUUAUUUUAUCAUGUAUUCAAAAUUUAGAUAUAUUAAGCUGCUACAAUAAUAAAGAAAUAGAACAAUAUAA